AUGUUGAAAUACCAAGUGAAAACGUCGUCGUUGACGUUGCGACCCGCCGCCAAUCGAGCUUCUAGGACUUCUUCGUCAAGUGAGUACAACAAACGGGUACCAUAAACGCUGUCUAAUGUUCAGACUCGUCCUCUCCGUGCUCCGUCUCGAUGCACUCUCUGCUCGAGGACACCCUUCUCGCCAUCCCGACCACCUCCCGUAGCAAUUCUUUGCUUUCGCUGAACUCUAACGACAGUAACCUCUCGGACACUUCCGAAGUUGUACGUUUCCUCGUUUCGAUGCCCAGCAUCUCAUACACUUUUUGUCAGGGAGUGCUAAAAGUUGAUACGCGCAGCGUAAAGCAAUGCACCGACUACAAAACUAUUCGAGUCACCAGCUCGACUACCGCUCGGCAGGUCGUCGAAAAGUUCCUAAUGACGCUGAAGCUAACCUGUCGGGAUGUGAACCUAUUCGAUAUUUGGAUGGAACUCACGACACGAGCGUCUGGCGCCCCGGUUGUCACUCUUCUGAAACUGGAUCCAGAUGCCCGACCGUACGAGCUGCAGAGAUGUCAUCCGGCCGGAAUGUCUCGCUUCAUUCUGCUGCAGAACCCGACCGGAUUCCUCGUCCGAGUCUACGAUCACAACAUCUCCCCGCAAUCCAACUACAAGUCGCUGCUGCUCUCCUCCCACACAACAGUUCUCGAAACUAUUCAUAUUGUGCUCGCUCUCAAUCGAAAGUACGAUGAAGUGACAAAGUACGGGCUGUUCUUGGCGACUCCCAGCGCCGACGCUCAGAUUCCCGACGAUGUGAAGUUGGUUUCCAUCGCCAGAUUGUGCAAAGACGAGCAGAAGAUUAUAAUUAGACACGUUGAUGUUUUCUGA